GAUCAAUCAAACACAUUUAUUAACAACAAACCUCUGGUAAUAACUCUCUCUCUUUCUCUCUCUUUUUCUCCUUUUUCUCCCUCUCCUUGGAGAGAGCACCUUAUGCUGAUUCCUCUCCUUGUCUUCCUCAAAUCGUGAACCCCAAAAUUUCAGAUUUAGAUAUCUGGGUAUUGUAGAGAAUCGUGGAUCAUGGCGGUUGUUGAGAGUGGAGUAGCUGCAGAUUCAGGAGCCGUGGUCCAGCCGACAAGUCAAGAUUCGGAUGAUCAGAACCAUCAGUCGUCAAGGAUCGAGGUUGGGGAGGAGGAGGGGCUCUACAGCAAGAUGGGAUCCCAUCCGGGGAGAUCGGAGGGGUCAGAUGGUGGGGAGAGCUACAAGCGUGAGAUGAGGGAGCUCCAGGAGCUUUUCUCCAAGCUCAAUCCCAUGGCUGCUGAGUUCGUUCCUCCCUCCCUCUCUAAACAACCCAACGCUGCUUUCUUCUCUAACAACGCCUUUCCUGCUGCCGGAAAUGCCCCCCUUGAAGUCAACGCCUACGGUCACGACACCGGCGGUUUCCGACGGAAGAAGAGCUUUGGUCAAGGGAAACGGAGGAUGAAUGCUCGAACAAGCAUGGCUCAGCGAGAUGAUGUCAUCCGAAGAACCGUCUAUGUCUCUGAUCUCGAUCAACAGGUCACUGAAGAGCAGCUUGCUGGUUUGUUUGUUAACUGUGGACAGGUUGUUGAUUGCCGCAUAUGUGGUGACCCGAACUCAGUACUUCGGUUUGCUUUCAUUGAAUUCACUGAUGAAGAGGGUGCGAUGACUGCUCUGAAUCUAUCGGGGACUAUGUUGGGAUUCUAUCCUGUGAAAGUCCUUCCAUCUAAAACAGCUAUUGCACCUGUUAACCCCACUUUCUUGCCCAGGACUGAAGAUGAGCGAGAGAUGUGUGCAAGAACUAUCUAUUGCACUAACAUUGACAAGAAGGUGACUCAAUCAGACGUUAAGAUUUUCUUCGAAUCCUUCUGUGGAGAGGUUCUCCGUCUGAGGCUCCUUGGCGAUUAUCAACACUCGACUCGUAUUGCUUUUGUAGAGUUCGUGAUGGUAAGCACAUUAUUUAUGCUUCCUACUCUCUCUGCAGACUUUCUUGAUGAGUGCUUAGUGCACACCAUGACUACUAUUAUAUCUUUGUUACAGGCUGAAAGCGCGAUAGCAGCUCUCAACUGCAGUGGAGUUGUUCUAGGUUCUUUACCGAUAAGGGUGAGUCCUUCAAAGACACCUGUUCGUCCCAGAUCACCGAGGCAUCCAAUGCAUUGAUCUUAGCGUUACACGUUUCUUCCACAUAUGUCUCUAUAUAUAUAUAUAUGUGUGUCUCGCUCUCUCUUGCGAAACAGCAUACACAGACAUGUAAAGAUGUUUGUUUGCAUCUCUUUGUUUUGGGAGUGUAACUCUGGGAUCUGAUGAUGCUUCUUCCCUUUACCUUUUGUCUUGCCUUGAGAGUUUUCGAUGUCACUCUUUUAAUGUCAAAGAGCUUUGAACCAUAUCAAAGAGCACUCUUACUGUGGAAAA